AUGGGGGGAAUUGGUAUUCAGGCGCAGGGUGUGGGCAGGCAGAGGGUGGUAAGGAGAAGGGUGGGGGGAGAGAGCAGCGGAGGGGUGGAAAGGGCGCGGGGAGGUGCGGAUGGGAGACAGGCGGGGCUAGACGCGUGGCUGGGGAAGAGGGUUGGGGGCAGACGAAAUGGAAGUGGAAGCAGGGGAGGCAAGAUGGGCGGAGUGGAUGGAGGGACACGUGUGAGGAGAAGAGCUGGGGAUGGUUGGUUAGAAGAGGGUGGGAAGGCGUUGGAGGGAGAAGUAGUGGAAAUAGAGGAGGAUGAGAGGGGGGAGAAUGCAAAGGAGAAUGGGAGGGAGGAUAUGAGAGAGGAGGAUGAGGAUAGUGACGAGGUAAGGGAAGUGGAGCAGGAAGAUGGGAAGGCAGGGAAUAUGCAAGUGCAAAGGAGUGCAACGGAGUGGAAAGGAGCAGAAAAGAAUGAUGAAGAAAGGAGUGGUCCUGCCCUAU